AUGGUACCGAAUCCAUUUACAGCAGAUUCAGCUAAUCCAACCGAAAUGAAGGCUUAUUAUCAUCCGGAUUGCAUGUUUGACACAUUGUUACGUAGUCGUGCAACAACAAAAGUUAUCGACUCACCUGAUGAUAUUGAAGUUACAUCACCCGAAAAGCACGCCGCAUCUUCCGGGGAAGCAACCACGUCAUCCAUUUCGAAAGAUGCCCCUCUAAAAGCAAAAAAAGAAAAAGUGAAAAGCAAAUCGAAUGAACCAGCUGCAAAGAAGGCGAAAACUGCCGCUUCGAAGACUUCGACGAGUAAAAAGAAAGGGAAAAAGGGGCAUGUUACAGAAAGUUAUGAUGAAAGCGAUGAACCAUCUGGUGAAGAAACGAAAGCAGAAGCAAAGGAUGUUGCGGAAUCCGGCGGAAAAAAGUCGUCCGGUAGGGCGGCAAAAACAGAUACCUCGGAAUCCAGUACAAAGAAAUCCAGUAGGAUUACAAGGGCUAAACCAGUGGAUACUGCAGAAGCUAGCUCGAAGAAAACAUCCGGCAAGGCGAAGAAGGUAGAACGCACGGAAUCCAGUUCAGAAAAACAGCAAGAUACUGCAAAAAGCGUCAGCAAAUUCGAUAUGUUCAAGCUGUUUUGCAAACUUUGCGGUGUAAUUGGGUUGGAAGGAGUACGGAAAGGAGCAUAUGAAGCAUUUCAAAAUUCACGUAAUUUGCAAGCAGUCAUUGAGAAAUGUCAAACAGUGGAUGUAAAAGAAUCACUGUUGUUGGAAAGUGGCAUUGUAUUGAAUACACCUGUGAAACCGAUGCUUAAAUCACUGUUAUUUCGCAUUGAUUGCAGAGCAACAUGCUUGGAACUGAAGUAUAUCAUUCGGCUGAUAAUGAAAGAUCUACGAGUGAAUGCUGGUGCCAAACAUAUGUUGGAAGGAGUACGGAAAGGAGCAUAUGAAGCAUUUCAAAAUUCACGCGAUUUGCAAGCAGUCAUUGAGAAAUGUCAAACAGUGGAUGUAAAAGAAUCACUGUUGCUGGAAAGUGGCAUAGUAUUGAAUACACCUGUGAAACCGAUGCUUGCAGAAUCAUGUCGUAGUGUUGAGCAAGCGAUGAGCAAGUUCUCCCGGGAAAUGUACGCCGAAAUUAAGUAUGAUGGUGAGAGAUUGCAACUGCAUAAAGAUGGUGAUAAUUUCACAUUCUUCUCGAGAUCGCUCAAACCUGCUUUGGAUCAUAAGGUGAUUGAUUUAAAUAAAGCGGUUGCGGAAGCAUUUCCAACAAAUCGAAAUCUUAUUGUUGAUGCGGAAAUGCUACUGGUCGACACUAAAAGCGGCAAACCAUUACCAUUUGGAACAAUGGGUAUCCAUAAAAAGAAGCAAUUUACCGAUGCUGUUGUUUGCUUAUUCGUAUUUGACUGUAUAUAUUACGAUGAUCGAUCUCUGAUGGAAAAGCCUUUACGUGAACGUCGAAAAUUUUUGGAGGAACACCUGAAAGAAGUGCCAUAUCGCGUUCUCCUAUCCAACAGUUACCUUGUCAAAAAAGGGGAAAAUGAGAAGCUAAAAGCGUUAAUUUGGAAAGCGAUUGAUGAAGGCCUCGAAGGAUUGGUGAAGAAAGAUUACCUUGAGGAAGGAGCGAUGGCUGAUACUGCAGAUCUCAUUGUUCUUGGUGCUUAUUACGGAACUGGAAGUAAAGGUGGCAUGAUGUCAGUGUUUUUAAUGGGAGUUUAUGACGAGAAAGCCAAAAAAUUCUGCACUGUUACAAAAUGCGGUAACGGCCAUGAUGAUGCCACAUUGGAUCGUAUUAAUAAGGAGCUAACACCAAAGAUGCAAAAAAUAUCUGGAAAGUUUGAGAAAUUGCCAUCCUGGAUACAGUGUUCUCGAUCGCUUGUGCCGGACUUUAUUGCAAUCGAUCCCAAAGAAUCACCUGUGUGGGAAAUCAGAGGGGCGGAAUUUUCACGGUCCGAUAAUCAUACAGCUGAUGGUAUAUCAAUACGUUUUCCACGUGUUACGAAAAUUCGAGAUGACAAGAACUGGGAAACGGCUACUAACUUACAAGAACUUAAGAAACUGUUUGAUCUGUCGAAAGCAAAAUCAGAUGUGAAAAUCGACGACGCUGUUCCACUGUAUGCAAAACACGAGCUAAACGUUCCGCUGAAUGAUGAUGCAGCUUCGGCUUCCAGUUCGAAAAAGAGAAAACGAAAAAUGACAGAAGAAAGUGCGCAGAGCGAUGAAGAAGCUGCUGGCAGUGCUGGAUCCGCAAAUGCCAGUGAUAGUGAAAAAGAAACAAAAAAAUCGAAAAUACCGUGCAAGUGCGUUUUUUUCAAAUUAAAAAUUUUGAAAAAAUUUGCAUAA